CCCCCGACCUCGGCGCGGGAGGAACGACGGCUCUCGGCGCUCUGCUGCGCUGCUUCCCCUGCGAGCGGCUCUGCGGGGGGUGCACCCUGCCCCCCGGGGCCCCCCCGCGCCCCCCAGGGGCCCUGCCGCCCGCCAUGGGCCCUCCCCGGCGCCGCCUGCCCCCCGCCGCCCGCCUGCCCCCCCGCACCUUCCGCAGCUACCUGCCCCGCUCCCUCCGCACCUACAGCUGCGUCCACUGCCGGGCCCACCUCGCCCGCCACGAGGAGCUCAUCUCCAAGUCCUUCCAGGGCAGCCAUGGCCGUGCCUACCUGUUCAACUCCGUGGUGAACGUGGGCUGUGGCCCGGCGGAGCAGCGUCUGCUGCUGACGGGGCUGCACUCGGUGGCUGACAUCUUCUGCCAGAGCUGCAAGACCACCCUGGGCUGGAAAUACGAGCAGGCCUUCGAGAGCAGCCAGAAGUACAAGGAGGGGAAGUUCAUCAUCGAGAUGUCGCACAUGGUGAAGGAGAACGGCUGGGACUGAGGGGCUCGGCGAGGGCACCCCCCCCCAGCAGCACCCCCGGGCAGGGGGUACCCCCUGCCGCCCCCCUGGGGGCCACGGUGCCUGUCACUGGGGCGGGGGCUGCGGGGGCUUUUCUAGGGCAAUAAAGGCUUUUUUUUUUUAGGAAGGUGCUGGGUGUCACCCGCCCCCGGCGCUGCCACCCCCCGGCUCA